AGAAGAAGAGACGUAUGUGACUGAUAUAAAGGCAGAAGAUAUAGAGGGAGAAGAAGAGACGUAUGUGACUGAUAUGAAGGCAGAAGAUAUAGAAGAAGAAGAGACGUAUGUGACUGAUAUAAAGGCAGAAGAUAUAGAGGGAGAAGAAGAGAUGUAUGUGACUGAUAUAAAGGCAGAAGAUAUAGAGGGAGAAGAAGAGACGUAUGUGACUGAUAUAAAGGCAGAAGAUAUAGAGGGAGAAGAUGAGACGUAUGUGACUGAUAUAAAGGCAGAAGAUAUAGAGGGAGGAGAAGAGACGUAUGUGACUGAUAUAAAGGCAGAAGAUAUAGAGGGAGAAGAAGAGACGUAUGUGACUGAUAUAAAGGCAGAAGAUAUAGAUGGAGAAGAAGAGACGUAUGUGACUGAUAUGAAGGUAGAAGAUAUAGAGGGAGAAGGAGAGACGUAUGUGAUGGGUGAUCAGCAGUGUAAAGAGGAGGAGAUCCCUACAGAUAUCAGCAAAGAUGGACACACAAGCAGGAAUAUCUCAGAAGGACAUCUAAUGUUAUCCCCGCAUUGUGACAUAAAAGAUAAUGACAGUAGACAGGAUUCUCCGGGAGAUAACCCCAUUACCCCAAUUAUACAUCCAGCUCUAUCAGCUGAUCCCUCUGAUCCUGGGAAAUGUUCUCCUGAUCACUCUGAUAUUGGUGCAUCUGUUACAGCUCUGAGAGUAGAUACAGUGUUUCCAUGUUCUAUAGAUGCCAAAUGUUUUACACAGAACACAAAGCUUAUUACCCAUCAGACAGGUAAGGUAGGUGAGAGGCCACUGAUAUGUUCAGAGUGUGGGAAAUGUUUUACAUACAAAUCAGAUCUUGUUAGACAUCAGAGAAGUCACACAGGUGAGAAGCCAUUUCCAUGUUCUGAGUGUGGGAAAUGUUUUGCACGCAAAUCAGAUCUUGUUAUACAUUACAGAAGUCACACAGGUGAGAAGCCAUUUUCUUGCUCUAAGUGCGAGAAAUGUUUUAUCCAGAAAUCAAAACUUGUUAUACAUCAGAGAAGUCACACAGGUGAGAAGCCAUUUUCUUGCUCUGAGUGUGGGAAAUGUUUUAUCCAGAAAUCACAACUUGUUAUACAUCAGAGAAGUCACACAGGUGAGAGGCCAUUUCCAUGUUCUGAGUGUGGGAAAUAUUUUGCACAGAAAUCACAACUUGCUAGACAUCACAAAAGUCACACAGGUGAGAGGCCAUUUUCUUGCUCUGAGUGCGGGAAAAGCUUUGCCCGCAAAUCACAUCUUGUUACACAUCAGCAAAGUCACACAAGUGAGAAGCCAUUUCCAUGGUCUGAGAAAUAAAUCCGCUCUUGUUGCAUGCAAUGGACAUCACUCAGGUGAGGAACCAUUUUAGUCUUCUGGAGUAUAGUAAUUGCCAUGCGUUGUUCUUUAAGGUUCUUAUCUCCUAUGAGUUUUGCAAUAUACAUGCUACCACUGACCAUCAGACGUCAUGUCCUCAUCUACCCUACCACUGCUAUGCAGAUGACCUGUCUCUUGCUCCGGGUACUGAGAACCCAGUACUAAAUGGUUGUGUAGCUGAGCUCCAGGUGUGGGUGAUGCCAGUUGGCUGGGACUCAGUCCUGGUGAGGUUAUGAUAGAAGCUCACUAACAAAGGACAGGGCUACAGCUCAGCUUUGUUACCAACCAGACUUACACUUGUGGGUUCCGAGUUACAAAAUGCUGAUCCUUUGCAGAAUCUUGGUGUCCUGGAUGGUAGAGUGACACUUCGACACCGGGUAUCAGCCACAAUCAGAUCCUCAUCUGAGGAACAUAGCCAGACUCCAGCACUUAUUUCCCUCAGAAGAUCUACCUACAGUCAUACAUGCACUUGUAUCAUCACGCGUAGACUACUGCAAUGUCCUCUACCUGGGUCUCCCAGCAAAAUAAUUGCACCGUUUGUAGCUUGUACAGAAUGCAGCAGCCAGGCUGUUACCUAACCAGCCCAUUCCUGCCACAUAACACCCAUUCUCUGCUCCCUUCACCGGCUGCUUGUAAGAUGGUGACUCUAGGCCUAAUUCAGGUUGGAUUGCAGUGUGCGAUCCAAAAGGAAUUAUUGAGAAAAAGUUGCGGACGCAAGCGCAGCACCCAUCUUGCGCAUGCGCCUGCAUUCUCUACGUGGGGGCUGCAGACAAUGCGAUUACUUCUUGUUAAUCAGGCAGAGGCGGUCACGGGGUGGGGGCAAUGCUCCAUUUCCAGGGAGAAGAUAGAGCAUUGCAAGUGUGGUGCGGCGAGAAAGGUAAGCGGACAAACAGACGUGAUCACGGUGGCAUCACACGCAGUCAUCGCAAUCGAGAAGAACGAGGUGGGGAUCCUGUGGGUGCAGCUAAGCUGGCAGGAUGCUUCACUAAUUUCUAAGACGAAGCAGAAAUUGUGAAGCGAUCGCAAUUUCUGCUUCAUCAAGUGGGGAGGGGCUGGUCAGCUUACUGGGCUGCCUCGCCCUUCGUUGGGUGGCCCCCAGCACGCUAGAAAAAGGAUUGCUAAUUAGCAGCAUCUGCCUCCUUACUGACUUACUGUAGGCCCCUAUUACAUAAUCUUACUGACUCUCCCAGCCCUACAUGACCAGGAUCCAUGUACUAGAAGCAGCUUCUGCCUCCUUACUGCCCUGGUUACUUCCAUCUGUUGAUGAAGGACUAUUCAUAGUACCAUAAAUCCCCAAGCAGUUCUUGGAUGUCAGGGAGACAGGUGGGUGGCAGUGGGGAGAGUCAGGGCCGUGGCAGUAGUGGAAGAAGAC